AAGGAAACCCAGCAAUCACCAGCCGUUGAUCUGACUUCUAGUUUUCUAACUUUUUUUAUUCUUUCUUCGGAUAAAAACCAACGCUGUACAAUGGUGAGACGUAAACCCUACGCUCACUUUAUUCUCCUUCUUCUUCUUCUUCUUCUUCUUCUUCUUCUUAUAGAAUAAUAUAAUAGAAAAUUUUGGACCUGGACAACUUCUUUGAUUUGGAAGCUUCAGAAAGGAUUCUUCAUACUAGCAGCAUUAUGCUUAAGAUCCCAGACCAUCAAGUUGCAGGUCACCAAGCCCUUGAUGGAAAACUUGGACCCCUUAUUGAUGAUUCAGGGCGAUUCUACAAACCCCUCCAGGAUGGUGAACGUGGUUCCAAUGAAGUAGCUUUUUACACAUCCUUUUCUUCCAAUACAAAGAUCCCUGAUCACAUCCGCAGGUUCUUCCCUGUCUUCUAUGGAACUCAACUUUUACAAGCAUCUGAUGGAUCUGGCCUCUGUCCUCACCUGGUUCUGGAAGAUCUUGUCGCAAAAUGCCUCAAUCCAUCCAUCAUAGAUGUUAAGAUUGGUUCAAGAACAUGGUACCCUCAAGCACCCAAGGACUACAUUGAAAAAUGCCUUAAGAAGGAUGCAGAAACCACCGGCGUGUUAUUGGGUUUUAGGAUAUCUGGGUUGCAGGUAUAUCAAAACAAAGAAUCGGGCUUCUGGAAGCCAGAAAAGAAGCUUGUCCAAGCAUAUACUGCAGACGAUGUGAGAUUGGUCCUGAGGAAGUUUGUUUCAUCUCACUCGCCUAUUGAUUCAAAAUCAGUCUCAGACUGUUCUUUUGCACCAACUGUUUAUGGUGGUUCCAAUGGGAUUCUAGCACAAUUGUUGGAGCUCAAAGCAUGGUUUGAAGAUCAAACCAUUUAUCAUUUCAAUUCUUGCUCAGUUCUCAUGAUGUAUGAAAAGGAGCCUCUUUUGGAAGGCAGGAGUUCAGGUGCUGAAAUUAAACUUGUGGAUUUUGCACACGUGGUGGAGGGCAAAGGUGUUAUUGAUCAUAACUUCUUGGGUGGGCUCUGCUCUUUGAUAAAAUUUGUCUCUGAAAUUCUUACCAGUCCAGAUGAACCAGUGUCAACGAAAGCUUCUUCACAGGAUUCAGAGAAGAACUGCAGUUCUACCGAUAACGACACUAGUGAAUGAAUAUUGACACUGCAAAAGGAAUUUUCACUUCUAUCUGUGUUGUUGUGCCUUUUUAUAUGGUUAUUUUGGACACUUCUACAAUAAAUUUUGGUUCUGCUUAGGUUCAAAUUUUUUUUCUCUACUGGUCAUUAUCUUGACUUGUAGAUUGAGAUUUGUUCAGACCAUUUCAACACAUUUCCUGACUUCUUUAAGUAAUUUUUACUCUACCAUAACUCUAGUUUUGGUUGGAAAGAGACAACAACACUGUUGAAUCUUAAUUUUCCCAGUCUGAUCAUGUUAGUAUUUUAUUUGCUGAAACGUGUGGGAGCUAUCUUCAUAUGACUGUAUUUUAUUGCACUCCUGUGCUUAUAUAAGACUAGCGUUUGCUUUCUUUACA